GGUCAUUCUAUGUUUUAGUACUUAGGCCCAUAAUGCUCAUAGUGCAUUUCGGGAUAUGCCUUGGCGGGUUGCUGAACGAUCGCAGUUCAGAACGCUUGUUGUUUUCCGCCUAACAGCGUUGGUAAAAUUCCUAAAAUACAUAAGCUCCGGUGUAAAUACUGUCAUGGAUUGAAGGUAUACACAAUCGAAAAAACCUUACUUCGGAAUAUUGUUUGUUUUCGUGGAUUUCUGAGUGGAUAUCAGCAUCUGAAGGGUUGACAUAUUACAAUAUAGUUACCACACGUGGAAGUCGUCUGAUAUAUAGAUUGUUUUCUUUUUUCUGCUGCCUCAGAUUGCAGUCGAGACCCUUAGAAAUGUUUGGAUCUGCAAGUAAUACACCUUUUGGUACCGGCAGUACCUUUGGAACAGGGACAAGUAUGAAAUUAUUUUGCCCUAUGUGUAAUCUAUAAUGAUGUUAUUUGUUCAGAUCGAUGGAAGUCAAACUGUACAUGUAUGUCAGUUUUUCAACCUUGUUUUCGAUAUAGUUUAUUGUGAGCUAAACAAGGUUUUUGAAAAUAGAUCCGUUCUGAAUGGAACUUUCAGCUCUCAAAGGUCUUGGUUAUCGGUGUCAGACUUAUUUUCUCUUAAAAUCCCAGAAUAAUUUGCGUUUUAACUUCUCAGGCUUUAUUAUUUUGUCAAUGGCAUGUGUUAAGAUACUGAAAGUUUAUUUGCCAUCCUAGAUAGUAACCUUACUCACAUUGUUGAUCAUAUUCUAAUAGCCCACACCAAAACUGUUUGAAAAAGUUUCCCUUCGAGCUGUUCUGGUAUGUGGUUAAGAAUGCAAAACACAGUGAUUUAAACCUUUGGGGCCAGUUAUUUAAACAUAGAUUAGCUGCUGUUUAAUAAAACCGUGUCUUAUACCAUCCUAAAUUUAGCUAAGCCAUUUACCUGUACAUUUAUUUUUGUGAACAGUGUCAAGAAGGUCAAAAGCUAACAAUGGAAGGACAUUUAUUUAGUUAAAUCAACCUUCUUAACCCUUUCACUCCCAAGAUCACAAGAGUAAUUCUCCUUACUGUCUGUUAUACAAUUCUUAUAAUGUUAGUUUGGAGAAUUUGGUAUUGGAUCAGCUAAUAACCCCUAAUUGUUAUUUUUCUCUAUUCUCAUCACUUGUCUGCUUGAUACUGUUUGAAUAAUGUAGGGAAAAAUUCUAUCUUGGUCACUCAUGAGAGUUUAAGGGUUAAAGAGAAAGCCCGAGGCCCAUUGGCUGUAAUUUUUCCUUUAAGUAUCAUUGCUGAUUCAAACAAUAAGGUCAUGAGAAUGAAGGAAAUGAUCACCAACUAAAGCUCAUUAUUGUGAAACAAAUUAUCCUUAGGAGAUGUCAAGUGUAAAGUGUUAAUGUUAUAAUACCUUCAUUUUUACAGCUUUUGGAGGCCAGACUAGUACAGCACAGUUUGGUGCAGGUGGAGGUUAGUCUUGAAAUGCACAUGCAAUGGGUGAAUGGUGUUAUUCUGAUCUUCACUUUUAUAUCAAUUUUUACCAGAUUAUGAUGUGCUUUUUUGAAACAAUAAUUAUUUGGCCUAUGCAGUGAGUUAAUUCAAUGUCAUUCACUCUUUCUGUGAUUGUUUGUAUGGAUAUGUACAUAUUUUGUGGUCAAACUUUAUCCAAUUCCUGUAUUUCUUAUUCAAUAACUGAGCUUUUUUUAAGAACUUGAGUUACGUAUACUGCUGUUUGGCCUGAAAGGUUCCUAAGAGUAUGAUUUUGCAGGUUGGAACUUUCUGUGUUCUGUUGUGUGGAAUCAAAUUUGUUGCAGUUCAAAAACCGCAAAACGUUUUUGCUACAUGGUAGCUGUUCUAUUUUUUAACUUUUUUACUCUGUGUAAUACUGUUGUAUCAUUUUUAUACAGGUACUAGUCUUUUUGGAAACACCCAAAAACCAUUGGGCUUUGGAAGUACAUUUAGUCAGUCCCAGGCCCCAGGAACCUCAACAUUGUUUGGAGGCACAAAUACUGGGAGUAUAUUUGGAGGAACUGGAACUACCACUGGAAGUAUCUUUGGGCAACAACAACCCACUAGUCAAUGUGAGUUUAAACUUAGCUAUUCUUAGUGCAAUUUAGCUUAAAUCUAUGAUAUCGGUUAUCAGACAUCACUUUGCCACAGUCUUGUUUGGUGAACAACCUUGUGUUGACAAACAAAGUAAUUAAUAUGACCCCUGAAAUUCAUAUCAAAGCAAGACAAAUGAUCAAGGUAUAUACAUGACCAACAAACACAGUUCACCCAUACAACAAAAGGGUGGCACACAAGGCGCAGCCAAUUGUCCAUAUUUUGUUCUUACCCUAUUCUGACAUUUUCUGUGAUUCACUACUGAACAAACCCACAGCAACACAAAAUAUAUUUGUUUUAUGUAAUUAAGAAGUAAAAUUUUUUUAAUGGUGAUGGGAUCCCUGUUUCUGUUCUUUAACACUUUAACUCCCACGAGUGACCAAGAGAGAAUUUCUCUAUACAGUAUCAAUACAAUAUCAACCAGAUAAGUGAUGAGAACAAAGAAAAAUAUCAAUUUGGGGAUAAUUAGUUGAUCCAGAACUAAAUUCUCUCAACUAACAUUAUAAGAAUUGAAUGGUUCACUGUAAGGAGAAUUUUAAAUUUGAUCUGGGAGUUAUUAAUAGACCAGAAGUAAGAAGUCAUCAAAAUGAAUGCAUGAUGCAGCUUAUUAUAUAAAUGGAAUUAUUUCUCCUGUUGAAACUUUUGCAGCCUCCUUUGGUGGUUUUGGAACUACAGGAGGUAGUUUGUUUGGUAGUACAGCAAAAACUACUGCAGGGACAGGUGUUUUCAACACAGGUGGCCAAACAACUUUUGGUUCCACUGCAACAUCAGGAUUUGGAUCCUCAGCAGGUCAGUAAUUGAGCUUAAUUCCCAUAGUAUGUAGAAUCUCUGAAGAAUGAUUUUAGAUCAGAUCUCAGGAAGAAAAGGAUAAAUCCAGCUGAUUAUUAGAUGGCAAUAUGACGUCAUGUUUCCCAAUCAAGUUUUAGGUCACUUGGCCAGUUUCUUAUGCUGUUUUUAUAACAUUGCUAAAUGUAUUUUGUCGUCAAUUUUCUUUGUCCUUAUUUAUGUUUUUUUUUGGGUUGUGUUUUUUUUGUCAUUAGGCUCCAGUUUGUUUGGGUCCAAUGCUACAAAGAGUACUGGAUUGUUUGGAAGUACGCAAGCUGGCUCCUCAUUAUUUGGGCAAACUUCUGCAGCUAAUACAGCAAGCUUUGGAGGUGAAACUAACAAACUAUUUGAUAUUUAAAAUGCAAGUGUUACAUGAUAGUAUUUGUAUCUCAAUUCUUUCACUGUUUCAGGGUAUGCACUUUUGUCUUUGUACAUUCAUGACUGGCAUAAAUCCACGAAGAUCCUUGAAAGUACAAGCUUGUGCUUGUUGGAAAAUAUUGCAAUUGAUUUGUGUCACUUGAGUCUCGUAGCCAAUAACAUCACAACUAGACUGACCAGUCAUCUUACACAACUAAUAACAACUCUUCACUUGACCCUGAUGUCAGCAACUUAGCUCAGGUUGUUGAAAUAUCUGUUUCCACUGUGGACAAGAGGGUCAGUCAAGAUUACCCUCCCUUGCUUGUACAACCAGACUGCCAAUCACUUUUGUGUAAGAAGACUUUAAAUUUAAGUUGUAGUUCUUAACACAGUGUGACUGUGGAUGAUCACUCCAAGAGGGUUUUUAAUGGCAUAGUUACUUUUAAUUUUGUCUGGUAGGGAAUCAGUGAAUUAAUUAGCUACAUUGCUUGAAAAAGUUUGGGUUUGAGAGUGAUUCAAAUUUUCUCUCUUUAUCCUAGAAUGUAACAAAGCAAAACCAAAGCAGUCUUGUUUUUCUUUUGAUUCUUAACUGGAGAUUUUUUCUCUUUUGAUAUAUAAUUCACUGCAGCGCUGGGUGCUUCUGGCAACACAGCACUUGGAACACCUGUAAAGUUCAAUGUAAGUUAUAUUUUCAUUGUAGCUGAUCAAUUUCUAUACAUAAUCUUGAAGUAGUGAAGUUUGUUAUUAAGUGAAUGACUCCUUUACACAGGUUGUUCCAGGAACUGAUAGCAUGGUUAAAAAUGGAAUUACCACCAAUAUUAGUGUCAGGCAUCAAUGCAUCACUGUCAUGUCAAAUUAUGAUAAGAAGAGUUUAGAGGUAGGUUAUCAACAGUUGCACCCAUAUUUUGAGAUCACUUCUAUACAGGUUUCAAUCUCACUUGAAAGUAGGACUUAAAAAAAAAUCCAAAUGCAUUGCUGAAUUUAUUUAAUAGUCUUUUGUGCCCAGUAAUAAAACGAGUGCAGAUAAUGAUUAGGUAUCGCAUGUGUUACGCAUGACCAUGUACUCGUGUGAGCACCAAGGAAACCUUUUUGUAAUUAAUAGUGGAGCUCGCAGAGUGUAGCCCCAUAAUCAUACAAAAUAGUAGUAACCCAUCAAGCCGAAAAAAUUUAGAUGUACGACCAUAUGACCAUACGACAUACGACAUGUAUAAGGUGCUACUUUUAACAUGUGUGGUCAACUGUACCGUGGGCAUGCCAACGCCAUGGCUUUGUCCAGUAGUCCAGUGGUCAGUACACUGGACUCCAAGUCGGACUACCCGGGUUCUAGUCCUGGCCGGGGCAAGGUGUUGUGCCCUUGAGAUGUGCAGGAAAAAAAAAUGUGAGCUCCACUUUUAAGCUUGGCUAAAUCUAUAUAUUUGCUUUUAACAGUUCUUCUAUGAGUCCUAAACUCUUUUUGGAAUAUGCAAGUCAAGAGCCUUUCGUUGGCACAAAAAUUUUCUUAAUCAAUGUUUCCUGCUACAGUAUAUUCAUGUAUGAUCUUAAGCACUUAUUGCUUGGGAUAUUAGUGUGGCUAAAUGCAGUUAAGGCUUAAAUGUAGCUUGGAACAAUGCUGGUUGGUAAUUUGUUUGGUUUCCCUGAUAGUUUUCAGGUACACAUUUAUACUUGUGGGUGUGUAAAGUAACAAUAAAAUGUAAUUUGUCUGCCCAGAACAUGGCACAAGGAAGCUUUUGGCUUUUCAUUCAGAACUCAACACACCAUAAAUUAAGCUGCAUUAUGUAAUACAGGGAUUGUUUUGUUUAAUAUAAAGUAGUGCUAUACAGUGGUAUGGCUGAGAAAGUGUUCAUUGAUGGCUUUUUUCUGAAUUAUCAGGAGCUAAGAAUUGAAGAUUAUGAAGCUGGCCGUAAAACAGGAGCAACUGGAGCAACUGGAGCAACUGGCUCAACUGGUUUUCCAGGUCUGGCCACGAGUUCAGCUGCAGGAGGUCUGUUUGGAAAUACAGCUUCCACAGGAUUUGGUGCUGCACAGAAACAAGCAACUGGGUUUGGAACUACAGGUCUGUAAAUAGUUGUGAUAUUACUAGAGUCAUGUGAACUUAAAGAUCUUUAGCCCUUCAUUUCCCAUUCCAACAUCUGAAUUGUGAUUUUACUUUUUAGCUCUGGUUUGUUUUUUCUACAAACCAGUGUAGAGUUUUGCAUUGUAUCAUUUAAAUAUAGGCAAUAUCUUCUACUGUAGAUAAGUUUGUUAAUCUCAAUACAAUGUACCAGUUUGCUGUAUGAUAUACUGAUAAUUUGCCUAGAGAGUAUACCUUACAAAUUUGGAGAAGUUGAGGUAUCACAGAAGGAAAAUUAGUGUUUUCAUUUAAACUGAGAUGGUGUAAAAAUUGUGCAUGCUACCCUGUAAAAGUUUACAUUUUCUUAAAGCUUAAUGAACACUGGUUUCAGAUAUAUAAUUUUUUCUUAAUUUUUACCAUUGAACACAAUGGGAGCUUAUUCAUUCACACCAAGAUGUUUUACAAGAUAAGUUUAUUUGAUGACACAUUCUAAUCAAUACAUUUCUUUUUAAUCGGAGAGUGAUUUGCACACUCUGAAGAAAAAAAAUUGUGUCUGAGAUUUGUAUUUUAACCCUUUAAGCCCCAGUAGUGACCUAGACAGAAUUUCUCCUUACUCUAUUGGUAUGAUAUCAAGCAGACAAGUAAUGAGAAUAAAGAAAAAUAUCAACACACCAUAAAUAUUGGUUGAUCCAAUUCCAAAUUCUUCAAACUAACAUCACAUGAAUUGUAUGGCAGACAGUAAGGAGAAUUACUGAUGAAAUCUUGGGAGUUAAAGGGGUAACACCUUGUUAUAUUUUUAAAUUUUGUUUAACUUCAAAGUAGCACUUUUGAGCAAAGUUUUCACUGUAGAUGCUAUAUCUCAAGAAAAAAGGGAAAAAAUGGAAAAUUGGGACACUCUUUUAUAAUUCUGCCAUGAUCUCCUAACUGUAUGAAAAUUGACCAAAUAUCAGCCAAGAAUAAACUCUUCAAAGCUCAGAUACAAAAUAUGAUUAAACUAUGAAAUGGUGUAAUUCCUGUAGCUCUUUGAAGAAGAUAUUUUGAUAGUUAUUCUUCAAGGAUUCUAGUGAUACUGCAUUUGUAAGAUCUGUUCUAAAGUUGACAAGUAGUAACUGUGAAACGUCCUCUGUAGACUAUUAAAAACCAUAACACUAGACUCCUGGUUAUUAGCAUCAGAAAUAACCCUGCUGCUCUUUUUUUGUUGCUUAAAAACACACCCUAAAUUCUCCAUAUCAAUGUAAAUUGGCCACCACAAAGAGUUUUAAAGCUGACAUUUUGAGCAUUACCCUUUUUCAGAGAAAACAGUAAACAAUUAUUGAUCCAUAUAUGUCAGAAACAUGGUUUAGUUUCAUUUUGCAGGCGUGUUUGGUGCUGGUAAUACCACAACCUCUGGUCUGUUUGCCCAACAACAACAAACAACUGGAGGGCUCUUUGCUCAGCAGAAAACAGGGGGACUGUUUGGGGCUCAAACAUCAAGUGCUGGUGCCCCUGCAUUUGCUACAAGUUUUGGUACAGGUGUCUUUGGACAGACCUCCAGUGGACAGACAGUAAGACUUCUUUGUUUUCUAUUUUUGCCGUAAGAAGCUACUGCAGGCAGUUUUCUCCUUUACAGGUGGUAACCAGUAAAACUUACUGCCUAUGUUACCUCUUAUUUCUGUCUUAAAUUGCUUGGAAUUCUUGGAAAUUCAACGGGUGAAGGAUUGCUCUACUGGUUUGAAAGUUUCUUUUACCUGUCAUACUUAAAAUAAGGGAGAACAGUAGUUGGUCAGGUACAUUUACAUUAGAUGAAGCAUGAAAAUUUUCAUCCAAACAUACCUAAACCAUGCCUUUGGAGUUACAGUUUUGUGGUGUUGAUUUCUGAUCUUGUUGUUGAUUUUUAAUUGCGACUUUUCUCAUUAAAUUUAGGCUCAGUCUGGUCUCUUUGGUGGAACAUCAACAUCUACUGGCACUGGUUUGUUUGCAACACAAAGUUCAGGUUUUGGCCAAACACAGACUGGAACAGGGGGACUUUUUGGACAAACAGGAUUUGGGCUGGGUCAGCAGCAGGUUAGUUCUCCUAAAAUCUAAAAACUCAGUUAAUAUUCACCUAUAGCGUUGCCGAAAAUUCACAAUCAGAGAUUAAGGAUUAAAUUGACAUUGGUUUUUUGUUUUGUGUCAGUCAACAGCAUUUGGAAAACCAUUUGGUGGUAAGUACAGUGAACAUUUUAUGUUUAAUUCUUUGCAACCAUAUGAUGUGGAGUUGAAGGAGUAACAAAGGAUAGACCAGUUACUCAUCCAGAAGAAUUAACAAUGCUCACAGUUACUAAGUGUUAUGGAUUAAUCUCCUUUUUAAACUGUACAUUUUUGUUGUUAUGUGACAAUGUGUGUUAAUAUGUAACUUUAAGAACUACAGCAUGACUCAAGCCUCAAAUUUUUCUUGUGUUAGCUUUGGGUACUGGUGCAACUGGAACUUUGUUUGGUGCACAGAAUAAACCUGCAACAGGUUUCAACUUUGGAGCCAGUGCAGGAGGACUAGGAACCAGUGCAUUUAAUACUGCAACAAGCCAAGCUGGAGGACUUUUUGGUGCCAAACCUACUACAUUUGGGACAGGAACAGCAUUUGGUACUAAUACAGGCACAGGAUGUUUUGGAACCACAGGCACCCUAGGGGCAGGAACAGGAUUGAACACAGGGACACUAGGUACUAGUAAGGAGAGUGCUGCUGACAGUACUUGUUCACUUUUAAAUGUUGAUCUUGUUUUAUGAAACAAUUGACAGGGAUAUCAAACAUGCUCUGAUUGGUCAAUUACGUCUUGAAACAACUGAAACCUGGAUCAUUUUUGUCAUUAUAUUUAUGAAAGCAGUAGACAGGGAUAUUGAACAUGCUCUGAUGGUCAUUUACAUCUUAAAACAACUGAAACCUGGGUCAUUUUUGUCAUGAUUAUAUUUAUGAAAGCAGUAGACAGGGAUAUUGAACAUGCUCUGAUUGGUCAUUUGCAUCUUAAAACAACUGAAACCUGGAUCAUUUUUGUUAUUAUAUUUAUGUAAGCAGUAGACAGGGAUAUCAAACAUGCUCUGAUUGGUCAUUUGCAUCUUAAAACAACUAAAACCUGGAUCAUUUUUGUCAUUAUAUUUAUGUAAGCAGUAGAGUGUUGGAUUGAGGAGAAACCCAUUGUUUUCAUUGUUUUUCUUUCUUGCUUGAUUGUUAUGGUGGUAAACCCAUCAGAAAUGUGGUCUGUUGAUUAUAAGAAAUGCAAGCUUGCUUACUGCAGAGAGUGUAAAAUGUAUACUGAAGAGUACACAGUGGAACUUGCUUUUUUUUCAGUUGCAUUCUUCACUUUAUUUCAGGUACUUUUGGCACCCUAGGCGCUCAACAAACAAGUUUGUUUGGAGGAAAUGCUUUAGGAGGGUAAGAAACUUCUUUUCUAACAAUUAUUGUAAUGCAGUGUGAAAUAUUUGUAGUGUGCUGUGAGAUUUGUCUUGUUGCUUGAUAUUCAAUGUACGUGAACAUGUACAUGCAGAAGUAACAUACAUGAAAAACUGACCACUUGCACUGUGAAGUUGUAGUCUAUAUAACCCUUGGUGGUUCAAUUUUUUCCUUGGUUUAAAAUUUUGAACACCAGCCUAUUUCAAUUUUUCUCUGUCUUGUAUACAUUUUUUAUCAACUGAACAGAAAUUUCAACGACAACAAAAUAAGAACUACCAAGCGGUAGAUUUUGCUAGCAACUCUGCAAGGCUUUUUGGUUGCUUCAGUUGUCAGUUUCAGAUGCAACCACGUAAACCAUACUGUCUACCUCUUAGGAGUUGUCAUCCUCUCAGCAGCCUGUAUUAGUGUCUGUUUUUGUUUUUUAACUACUGAAAGAAUACCCUAUUUAAAUUUAAGUAUCUACAUUGCAUUUGUUUUCAGAAUUUUAGGAAAAACUUGUCCUUCUUUUAGUAAUUUUACUCAUAUAAAGCAGCUAUUGGUGUAUAUGCAUGUUUGGUUAUCAUUUGAUUGUUUUCCACGUUCUAGCAACCAAAAUACAGCAUUGACCACUUUGCAGCAACAACAACAGCAAAAGGUUCUGGAGCAACAACUUUUGAUCCUGUCAAACUCACCAUUUGGUGACUCACCAUUAUUCCGAAAUUCACUGUUGGUAAAUAUACAGAGGAUUAAAUAAAUUUUCCACAUUGAACUGUCCUGCAUUUUUUUCUUUUACCUUACCAUGUGGGAAGCAAGUCAUUUUCAAGGGUUUUGCCCUUGAUGGAGAGAUUCAAAAUUUUAGAUAAUUUUCUAGUUCUUUUUAAAAUUUGGUCAUGGAAAGGCUCUCUUUCUUCUUCAAACUAUGUUUUAGUCAAGCAAUCUCUUAUAUUUAACCAAAUAAACUAAGAAAUAGCAAUAUGAAAUUUUGAUUUGGAGAUGGGUAGGUGGUAGAGAAGGUGAAAACCAAGGUAAACUUCUAAUGGAUUGUGUGUAUAUCUGGAGGCAGGGUUCCCGAGAAUGCUGAUUUAAUUUUUGCAUGUAGAAGAGGGAGGAUGCAACAAUUCCUCCGCCCCUCCCCCCUUAGCUCUGCUGUUCUUUGUUAUUAUGAUAAUACAUUUUACAUUCAUUUAGGAGAAAUCCAAACCAGAAAGGGCCUCCACUGCUACUACAUCCUCAUUACAAAAGGUGGUUACCACACCUUCACACUACAAGGUACAGUAUUAAAUUACUAUUUGUUCCAGAGGAUAUAAUGUACUAAGCUGCAUAGAACUUUCAGAUAUAAUAAAAUGUCGGACUAAAAGUGGCAGUUACAAUUACAUGUAAUCUGCAGUUGGACUGUGUUCCUGAGCAACUAUUUCAAUGAUGUCUCACGACUUAAAAAAAAAUUAUACAAUUGUAGCAUUAUUUUCUCUAAAAAAAAGCUGUAUUGACUAAAAAGAUAUUGGAUCGCAUUUCUGUUUUGUCCAACAAACCACAGUGCAGACUCUGAAUGUACUUCAAGUCAAGUUGAAUGUGUGCAUAAUGCAUGCAUGUAAUCAUACAGAUUAACAACAGACAGCUGUGGACCUUAUUCCACAAGUAGCACUUUUUGUUAUUAUUGGAGGAAGGCAGAACCAUUCACUGAGAUAAAGACACAAAUGAAGAUUUCUAAUUAUAUAGAAAAAUGGAAAUAUAAAAUAAUUUGUUCUCUUUCAGGUUUCCCCUCGACCAGCGGCAAGAAUAAAACCCAAGCCAAUAAACAAUCAUACUAUGAACAAGGUCUGUUAUAUGGUGUAUGAUCACUUGGUUUGAAUUGUUUUGCCUGGUUUUUCUGAUUUAACAUUUUUUAGUUUUGUUUUUUGUUGUAAACGUUUUUUGUUUCACUUGUAGUCCAAACUGUUUGAGGGCCUGGAGGAGGACUCUGGUCUUAGUCCUGACACAUUUGUACCCAGAAAGAACAUCAAAAAGCUUGUUUUAAAAACCAAGUCAAGAAAAGAAGUAAGUGGAGAGCAAUAAGCAUCACACAAUCUUUGAGUCUCCUAAAUACAGGUGUAUUUGAAAUAUGCAUGUGGUGUGUUUUGUUUGCAAUUUGAAUUCAGGUGAUAGUAAUUAAAACAAGUUUUACUCUUUUUUUCCAUUUUGCAGGUUAUGUGUUUAUUAAAACAAAAUAGAACAUAUUAAAUAUUGAAGUCAGGUGCAACUAAUUUCUUGUAAUUAAUUUUAACCUUAAACUCCCCGAAGUGAUUAAUAUGAAACUUCUCCCUAUAAUGUCCAGACAUUAUUCAGCAAAUAGCAAAUGAGAAUACCCAAAUGUAUCAGGUAGAAGUUGUCAUCCUGAUCUAACACCAAAUUCUCCUUACUUAUUUACAAGGAAUUGUGUAAAAGUUGGAGGGGAGAAUUAACAAUCAGAUUUUGGGAGUUAAAGGGUUAGCUUAUUUAAUAAAAGAUUAUUGUCCAGGUGGCCAGAUAUUCUCUUGGAAUUCCAACAAAACUUUGUACCCUGCUGCUAAGGAUAAAAGGAUUUGCUUAAAAGGGGGAGAUCAUUGCACUCGUUUACUUGGUAUGGCACUGAUGUAUAUGUUUGAUUCAUUCUUAUUUCAGUCAUUCAAGUAUUCUUGUGCAAACCCAACUUGUAAAAUGCAUGUUUGAAUUGCCUUUGAGACUAGGCUGAGUCUGUAUCCAUCCUAUUUUUUUUAUUAAUAUUUAUGUUAAUGACUCCAAAAAGACUUACUUCUAGCAUGGGCUGUUAGACUUGGUAUGACUCCUCUGUCAUAGAUCAUUGAAUUGCCUCAAAACUUUUCAUUGAUAGACUUUUGCUGGACUCAUUUCUUGUUGAUAAAUACACAGCUCUUACCAAAGUAACGAUUUAAAAACAAGGGGUAUAACUGUGCUUGUUUACCCGAAAACUGUCAUUUACAUUACUUGUGAGCUUCAGGUAAUAAUAUAAUAAUAAUAAUAAUAUUAAUAAUGUUAUUUAUCCAGGGAGCUCACAUCACCAAAGGUGUUAUUCAGUGAGGCCCUGCCAAAAAAAAAAGAAAAAUGUUAAAUUUGAAAAGUUAAAAAUAGUUAAAAAUACAAUAUUAAAAUGUUCAAUAAAAUUACAUUAUAAAAUGAGUUAAAAAAUUGCGGUCUUCAAGGCUUGCUUAAAAAUUAAAAGUGACCUCAUGUCACGUAUUGACUUGUCAAGACUGUUCCAUUCUCCCAGUCCUUGAUAUAAAAGGCGCUGUUUUCCAUAAUUGCGCCUAACUCGCGGUAAGUAAAAAUUGGAUUUGCCACGAGUAUUAUAAGAAUGGAUGUCACUGAUUAGCUUUGUAUCAAACUUAAAAUCUAUAAUGCCAUUUACAUAUUUAUAAACGAAGACACAGCGGUGAAAUGACCUAAGUUUAAAAAGUGUUGGCCAACAAAGUUCUUCUAAUGCCUCUGUAGAAGAGUAAAAAAUAGGUAAACUGAGAAUAAUCUUGGCAGCCUUGUUUUGCAGUAGCUGCAAUUCAUUCAUAAGAGUAGCAUUGCUCUUAUCACCCCAGAUAGUAUCGCCAUAAUCGAACAGCGGGCGCACUAGACUGUUGUACAGAGUAAUCCGCGUUUCAAGUGGCAGUAAAUAACUUAUUCGUUUCAGCAAGCCAAGUCUUUGAUUGAUUUUAGUUGAUAUGGCUUCAGCAUGGUCACCCCAAGUCAUCGUCUUGUUUAUGGUUACGCCGAGGUAUUUAAAAGUAUCAGUGCAUUCGAGCGGCGAGUCAUCAAUAACUACAUUGACGUCAUUACAGGUGCUAAGCUUAUUUGGACUACCAAUUAAAAUGAAUUUAGAUUUAGAAACAUUCAAAGUCAGACGAUUUGUACUAAACCACGAAGAAAACUUAGAUAGGUGCCUGUUGAUAAAAAUUUCGAUCUCGGUAACGCACGAGCUGCUGAAGUGGAUCACGGUGUCAUCAGCGUAGAGUGCAACCUCACAAUGUUCCAGGCACUCGGGAAGAUCAUUGAUAUAGACCAAGAACAACAAAGGGUCGUAAUGAAGACCACCAUUUUGUUAUUGUGCAUGAUACUAAUGCAUAAAAACUAAGUGCAUUAAGGAUGCGUAGUGCAAUACUAGGGAAUUACUGCAGUGAUGUACCAACUAUUGCAUUAUGCUGAAAGGGAGAUGGCCAUGCAGAAAUGUUCGCUUUGAGAAGAGAAUAAAAGUGAACCUCUUUUUACAGGAAAGAUCUGAGCCUACACGUUCACACAUCUAUCACACCUAGAGACUACUGUAGCUUAUUUGGCAGGAUAAGCUGUUAUGACGUUUGGAAGUGACAGUUAAUUUUGUGUGAUCUAGAAAUAUUAUGAAAGAACUGUAACGAGUUGCAUAAAUUGAAACUACAGUAGUUUGAAUUUGUGCCUUGACUGAUUGUAGGAUGUAAUGGCUGGCAGCUACGUGGUUAAGAUGGAGCACACACGGACUUAUCUGUUGCCAAGACUUUUCACAAUGACGACGUAUGGUGUUAUAGCUUCAACAGCCCUCUUAUUGGUUUUUUACAUUCAACUGUGUUCUAAAACUAUCUUAUAUCCUUCUUCAGGAUUCACCCCUAUCUGUGGUUGACACUACCAGGGUCAAACUCAGCACUUUGGAGGGAGACGACAGUUUGCCAGCAACCAGAUCACCCUUACCUCCCUCUCCACCCCCGUCACAAGAUAUGUCACCCAUGAGGUUGUCUGCGACCCCUGCUGGGCUGCAGAGUGGAGAGAGGUCUUCUGACGACAGGGUGAGUACUAGCGCUGAUGUCAGUCCAAUGGGAGUGCGGUUCUCUCGUGUGCCAGAUUCUGUUGAUACCACCAUCUCAGAAUUGAAUGUACGCCGCCUACCAAGAAGAGACGAAGAAGACGGAAGUGUCAAAGGUUCUGUGAUUGGUGAGGAAAGUUCGUCAGACACUACAUCUAGAGACAAUGUUGGUGUUGUCUUGAAAAGGUGAGAUCCUUUGUCAGUAUUUGUUAUUAUGCACAGGUGCUGUGCUCUGCCUUUUGAUUUUUCUCAAUCUCGAGUAGCCCCAGGUUCAAUAGUGUUUAUGAAAUUUAGUGGAAAGACAUGUUGGUUUGUUGGCCUGCUCUGUAUUUUUUAAUGGGGACAGCUCAUAAUAUUCAUGCAAUUUACUACGAAGACUGCUUUAAACACAGACACAGAAAAGCGUUUGUGAAGAGUUGUUAGAAUACUGGCACUCAAAAGUGUUUACACAAGUUAGUGCAAAGAUUGCUUAGAAUACACAUAUUGAAAAUUAUUUUUGAAGAGUUGCUUAAAUUUAUGCACCCAAAAGUGUUGAUGGAAAAAGUGGAAAGACUGCAUAGAAUAUACAGUCAGCAAUGUUGGAAAUGCUUGAGCCAAAUGAAAGGCAAAACACGGAAUGAAAUGUUUAUUGGAGAAGGGGUCUCCUCAUUUAGAUUUUAAUGUAGGGUGCAGAUCUUUAGAGCGCUUUCAGAUUGAAUGUCGUCAAACAAAAUCUAAAGUAAUCAUAAAGGCCAUUUAGAAGAAAGGGAAAUACCUUUAAGGACCAACGAGAACAACCAAACUGCCGUAAGCGCGGGAAAACGACAACAACCAAACUGCCGUAAGCGCGGGAAAACGACAACAACCAAACUGCCGUAAGCGCGGGAAAACGCGGGCGACUAAGUUGUGAUUGGCUUUAGUUUUGCGUCUUAUUGGUAGAGAAAGUGACGCAAGUUCUCUGGACCAAUCACAGAGCGAAGUAAAGCGAAACCGAUGUAAUCCCGGAUUACCUUGGAUACUCAGUUGAUACAUGUAUGUUUGAUUUUCUAUCCUUUUAUCAGGCUUGAGUAUUACACCGUUCCUCCAGUGCAAGAACUUAACCAGCAGAUGGACAGUAACGGAGAUAUAUUUGUGGAUGACUUUGUGGUUGGCCGCGAAGGUUAUGGAAAAGUCAAAUUUUACGGCAGAACCAAUGUUGCCGGACUCAACCUGGAUGAAAUUGGUAUGUGUUGAUAUGAAGUCAAGUUUGCUUGAUGUAGUAAUAUUACUAACAAUCAGUUUUUGUUAUCUUGAUAGCAAGUGCCUUGAACCUGUUAACUUGUAACUCCAAUGGAUUUGAUAAGUAAUUCUCCUUCUUGCUGCCGUUUGGGUUUUUUUCAUGUAUCUUUUUUAAAAGGAUUGCGGAUCACAACAAGAUGAUAUCCCUUAAUCUGAUAUUUUUCCGAAGUCUCAGCCCUUGUUUCUUUGAUGAUGUGGUUAUGAUGUAAAGAGAGGUCUUGUCUCGAUUUGUAUUUGUUUUGCUUUGAUUUUCCGAAAUAGUGUUCUUCAGGCGCCGUGAAAUAGAAGUUUAUCCUGACACGUACCUCAAUAAACCUCCUGUGGGCGAAGAACUGAACAAGAAAGCAGAAAUCACUCUGGAGAAUAUCUGGCCAAGUGACAAGACUACUCGUAAGCCAAUAAAAGUGAGUUGAUAAGGACUGAGAAAAAGAUAAAUUAUAAUUUUGAUGGUUAAUUGUACGCUUUUAAAUUACCUCGUGCAGAAACAAAUCCAGCUCUUGAGUUUCAAUACACUUUUCAAAGUUUUCUAGACUGCUGUUCAGUUAAAAAAUACUUUUUAUGUUGUAUCUCCACAGAGUCCUGAAAGACUCAACCUUCUCGGCUGGCAAAAGCGAGUGGAAACUGCUACCGAAAAACUUGGAGCAACUUUUCUUGAUUUUAACCUUCACACUGGAUACUGGGUGUUCACGGUAAGGUUUUUUUCAGAAGUGCGCAGUUGCUGAGUUUGCGAAGCAAAAUUUCCCGGUUAGAGCACUUUUUGAUUUAGUACGCAAAACCAAAACUGAAGCAAUCGCAACAGCCAAUCAUAGGAAGGAAAUUCUCACGAAGAGCCAAUGAGAUCUUAAAGUUAAGACAAGCAAACCGCUUAAGCGCGGGAAAACGCAGGUGACCAAGUUGCGACUUGUUUUAGUUUAGCAUCUGAUUGGUGGAGAGAGUGACGUGAGUUUUCAGGAGCAAUCACAGAGCGAAGUAAAGCAAAACCAAUGCAAUCUCAAUGAAAAUCGCUCAGACAUACCUCUUAUUACUUUUAUUUUUCCCAAACUGUUUUUCUUUUAAAAGGUGGAUCAUUUCACGCGAUAUAGAAUAAACGACGAAUUUUUCGAUGAUGAACAAGCCCAAAAGAAACUGAAGAGGCCUCCAUUAAAAUCAUACUCACAGGUAGAGUUCUAGAACUGUAUUGUUAUUGCAUCUUCAUUGUGGGAAAUCACGAGGGCAAUAAUUUGUAGAGCAUCGUCCCCUUGAUCUAACGUUUGGGGAUCUAGACCUGGCCCAGUCAGUGUGUUGACCACAUGGGCAACACAAUACGCCCACAAUGCCUUUGUCUGCCCAGGAGUAUAAAUGAAUACCGGUAAACUUUUAUAGAAAAGAAACAGGGAUAAGGGCAGGUGUAAUGCCGCGGGCACAAGAGGAUACAACACUUCUAGUCCCUUCAUGGUGCAGUUGCUAAGCUAACCUUGGACAGCUUUGUAAGUCUGUCUUGGGUGAAGACUUAAGUCUUCACUUAAUUAUUUUCCAUAACCGUGCAGAAGUUUAGUAUGAUUUGUUAUCUCUGUAAGGAUCUCGAGGGCUCUAUUGAAAAGGAAAAAGAGGAAAUCUUUAGACGUCUGCAAGAAAAGAAACAACAGUUAGAAGUUUAUGAGAAGAAAAAACAGCAAGCUGCUCUCUCUUCCUUAGACCAGGAUAGUGUCAUGGCGGACAUCGAUCAACAAACUUUUCCUGGUAUGUUGCUUAAAACUAUCACGAAUAUGCAUUUGUUUCAAACGCGCAACUUUCAAAAAAACACGCAACUGUCACUAACGCGCCAAUGUUAGCGAGUAGUUUUCCCGAACACGAAAUUGUCACUAACAAGCUACUGUCUCGAACAAGCUACUGUCACAAAGACGCAACUGUCACGCUUACAAAAUUAAGGUGGCUCGUGUUCAAAUUCAAAUUUAAAUCUGUGGAAAUCCAAGGAGAAAUCUGAGCCCCUUUACAGAAUCAAUUUCUUAGGAAAUUGCAGUUUCACCUGUUUGAGGAUAAACUUUUUUUCCAGAGGAAAUGCUCGAAGAUCAAAUUGGAGAUGGUAGUGAUGGUGAAGAAGAGGUUGACAGCUCCCCUGCCAGCCAUCAGUUGGCAUCAGCUCUUGGAAUGAAUGCACAGAGGAUCCAAGUCAUGAAAGCAUCAUUCUUUGCCAAUCCGUCUCAACUCGCAGCACCCUUCGCUAAAGAUAGUCCCACUGUAGACAAGUCUCUUUUCAGUUCAUCUUUAUCAAAAGCUGGCCAUUUGAAGAGUUCUGUGUAUCCACCAUCCAUGCCAUUAGGUCCUUUGCUGUCCCCUAAAGUACAGCGCUCUGUUGAUGAGUCCCGACAAAUGUCCCAGUCACUGUUUGGCAGCCCCCAGAUAGGUAAUCUAAAAUGUGUUAUCAAAUUGCAUUCUCUCACUUAGGCUCAGAAGUUUUUGCGGUAGUCAGUAAGGAGAAUUUCCAUCUUGAUUGCUGGGUUGUAGAAGCGCUAAAAGGAAGUUCCAUUUCGCUCAAAAACUAAGAUUUUGCGAAUCAGAUGUAAAUGAAGCUGUAAUUUGAUUUCCCAUAGCACAUUUCGAGCGAUCAGAAGGGUAAAGAUGAUUUUGGAUGAGUGCUGUAAAACCAAAACCAGAACCAAAGUAAAACGGACAGCUUAACACUUUCAUCAGAGGUUAACUUAACUUUUGCUACUUUAUAUACGAUGUAUUUCACAGUAUAUAAAUAGGUUAGAAUUCUUAAUUUGUUACUGUUCAUUUUUUCUGUAGGGGUCUAUCCUCUUCGGUACCCCUUGGUGCACGAUGUAACCCCAGUAGCCCCUCCCUCACCAAUUCAGCUUCCAAGUGCCAUCGGCACAGCGAUGGACAUUGGAAUUAAAGUCGUUGGCGCUCGGAAUCAGUUCGGUCUUGUCCCUAAAAAGGACUCCCUUGUCAACGGUAAAGAGAACCUUAUUGCCGAUGCAGGGUUGAUGAUGGGCCGCUCCUUUCGUGUUGGCUGGGGGCCUGGAUUUGUCUUGGUCCAUAGUGGUACUCCCUUGGGGAAACAAGAGGGAAAACCAGCCCCCCCCACCCCGGUAGAUUUUUUGUCCAUGAAGCCUAGACCCAGCAGCAGUGAAGGAUCGGCACCUUUUGGAGUGACAAUAGAGAAACUGAACGUAGCUUUACAUGACAGUCGUGGUCCAAGUGGUGUUGUGUUGGUAGGUACAUCAUUAAUUGUGUUCGUUUACAUUCUCUUUCACUGGUGGCUCAUUGACGGAGCAUUUUAAAGCUGUGUUAUUAUAAAUAAGGACAGUGAAUGGUUUGAACCAGUGCCGUGUGAGGGUAGUGAUAAAAAAGACUGUUGUGGGUCACAGUGGUUGAUAUGAGACAACUUAUUAGAAUUUGACAUUAGACUCAAGGGCAGAGUAUAAUAGGCAGGGUUUUCAUUUGAGGCCGGAGGCCGGACGUUUCGUCCGGUCGUUUGCCAUUCCACGUCCGGUACUUUGAGAUCAAUAUUGGCGAUUUUUUUUACUACGGCGCCAAGAAAACAUUCACGUCCGGUGCUUUCAGAAGUAUGUCCGCUACUUUACAAAACAGUUGAAAACCCUGAAUGGGGUAGUUUAGUGUUAUCAACUGAGUUGACAAGGUAAAUUGGCCACCGUAAAGGGUUUAAAAGCUGUCAUUUCGAGCGUUAGUUCUUCGUCAGAGCGAUUGACGAACGGCUAGUGCUCGAAACGUCAGCUUUUAAACUCUUGACGGUGGCCAAUUUACGUUAACAACUCAGAUGAUAAUACAGAAUUACCCUGUUAUACUCUCCCACCAACGCAGCACCACAAUUUCUUUAGAAAACUUAUCCCCUUUAUUCAAGUGGAGAGGUGUUUGUCAAUCGUGAAAUCAGCUUAAAACCGUAAACAGCCAACAAACUUAACAGAAAACCUAACUUUAUCGAUGGAUUGAAAUAGCCCAGUAACAACUGAUUUACACUACAGGAGCAUGUAAGGCAACAGCAUGAAACUGUACUUGAAGCACAGUUACAACACACUGUGGUGUCCAGUGAAGAGCACUGUCCGUUCUUUCAACCUUCCUCUGGCGUCAAAGCUUUGCACCAUCACGCAGAAGUCGCCCGAAGGAACAAGGAAGCUACAGGUAACGAAUAACGGGUCUUUGAAAGAUUUGCGGGUGUUUGCAUGAUUAACGCGGAGAUACGAUCUGUUUCGCAGUCUGCAAUGUGGCGCAAGGGCUUAAUAGGUAGAUAACCUCUAUUUAGAGUGAAGAUCCCACUAAAAUUUGCCGCACUCUCAACGUGUGGCUUCGUAACUCAGUUGAUAGUUGCGGCGUAACUAGUAUCAGGAAGGACUGGGGUCGAAUCCUGCGGUAUGGCGUGGGGAGGCCUGAGGUCGAACCUUGCCGCAGCCUGAACUUUUUUCGAGCUCAUUUUUCUGCAAUCGCCUAAAUUGCAGCUCACUUGCGAAGAAUACAUUUUCAAUUGAAAUAGAGCGUUUACCGCUAUCAAUAUUCCCGUGUUUACAUCCCAUGAAAACUCUGAAAUCAAGCUCCUCUGACUGUAGCAGUAUUAUAUAGCUUUAGAGCAACGUUUGUUGCAAACGCGAGCGGCAGAGUUUAUCUUUAUUUUCGCUCAGCUUUUUUUAGUCCUUGAAAAUAUCUAACAGGAAAGGAAAAUUAGUUAUUUCUUCUAUUCGCAAUAAAUGCAAAUAUUUUCACAUCAUCGUUCACACAGUAGAAUUGAAGAUGGCCAGCAAAGUUCAGUUAUUGCCGUUUGCCGUUCAUUUAAAUUUGUUUCAAAACUCUCUAUCUACCUUAAAGCUCAACUAUUACUUAUGCUAUUAAUUGUGCUAAUUUUAGACCCAGGGCCCCUAAGAGAUGGAGCUGAACAGAUUUGUUUAGUUUGGGACCUGGUUGUUGCGCUUUGGGGCAAACUUACGGAAGACGACGACGACGAUGAUGAUGACAGUAAGUUUUUAUUUGCGAUUACCUCACGUUCUUUUUUCUAACGUUUGUUCAAAAGUCUGGCCUACUUCAAGUAAUUUGCAAUUUGGUUAUAUUCUUAGGCGAUAUUGGGGCUGAAGAAGACAGAGAAACAUAUCAGAACCGUGUGGCUAGGAAACUGGCUCUGUCAAACUGGUUAGCUGAGGCUGCCAAAACGAAAAUUUCCCAGGAGGUGGAUAACGCGAAUUUCCAGGUAUUCUGAAUGUGCAAAGCUUUCUUACCGUGCUAGGCUUCAGCAGUGGCCCUGCCCUUCUAUGUCUAAACCUCCCUCAUAUCGUCUUUAUCCCUUUCAGGAAAGUGAUCAUUUGAAAUCCAUCUUCAGCUAUUUGACCGGAAAACAGAUCAGCCGGGCCUGUCGUGAGGCACAGCUUCAUGGUGAUUAUCGACUUUCACUGUUGUUGUCACAAGUCACAGGAAACACAUUCACCAGAAACUUGCUGUACAAACAACUGGCGGAUUGGCAGGAAAUGAAGGUGCGUGGGAAUCAGUCGAUAAAAAAAAAAACAACAACAACAACAAAACAAUAUUAAAGGAAGGAGAGUUUGCUUCGUGUAUAUCGAUUCUUUUCGAAAGGUAGCCCGUUCAAUUCCCUAGAAAAAGUUGGGGUCUGGGCGGGGAACAUUCCUUAUGUGAAGAAUGCAGCUCGGGUACUCGGACACAACAUGAUACAUCGCGAAGAGCUCCUCUCGGCAGCCUAGUUGAAAUUUCGCUUAAGGAAGAGACAAACUCCGGGUUAUCGGGAAAGCUUAGAUUGAUUGACUCAUAUGUUGACGCUUUAAGCGAGUACGUAAAAGAACACGCCAGUGGAAUCUAUCUUAACAUGAUUUUGUCCAUUCUUUCACCAGGCGGAUGUAUUUAUCAACAGAGAAAGAAUUAAAAUCUACGCUCUGCUUGCUGGUGUCAUGGUAUGGGAGAUAUCUCGUGACCCAGCCAGUCAAGUUCAAAGUCUGAUGCGUCAAGAGGUCAACGUCUGUGAGGGACUGGAUUGGAAGAGAGUUCUGGCGGUACACCUGUGGUAAGCGAGACUGCUUGCUUAUAAAACUCCUUUUUAAAAUGAAUAUUUAACAAUUUAUUUUCCUGUUUCAUCGCAAGGUACUUCUGUUCACCAACGUGUUCAAUAGCUGAUGCGUUGCAAGCGUAUGAGGCCUCAUUUAAGGUUUGUAUCUGCUGUGGAUAUUUUUUAAACAAAAUUUUUUAUUAACAAAGCUGUGAAUUACUUGUGGAAAAAAAGAAAAUGUUUGAACCUUCUCCCUGGUAAUUGGAAUUUUUUACUCCUUUACCAUUUGAAAUGUUGCCUCACACUAACAUUUCCUCGCUCGCUCUCAGGGAAGUUUGAGUCACGGCAGAUAUGGUGCUUCUCCUCAUCCGCCGUAUGUCGAAGAAGACGAGGAAGAUGAGGAUGAAAACAAGUUUAUAACAAGAGAUACCUGUUAUCACUUGUUAAAGCUCUACUGCAAAAGAUCGCACAGACUAGAGAGACUACUAUCACCAUCAACAUCCACUGCUCUGCAACUAGAUUUUAGACUGAGGUAAAUAGUUUUACUUUUGUUAGUAUCAUUAUUAUCAUCAUCAUCAUUAUCAAUACCAUCAUUGUUUCCUUCGUUAAAUAUUUUUUAGAGAGGCAGCUGAACUGUCAAACAUGCUCUUUCAACAUGAUGUUAGAGGAGAAUGUGUUAUCGUUAGACCGGAGCCCAAAGUUGGUAGUAAACCUUUGCCCAUUUCUUACUCUACCAUCAAAAAGUAAUGGAAAAUGGUUUCUUUUUAGUUGGCAUCUGUACCAGGUUCUUUUAUCGCUCCACUACACGCAUCUUUCCGAGCGACACGCGGCCAUGUUACACUGUGAGUUUGCUGCCCAACUGGAGGGACUGGGUCUGUGGCAUUGGGCGGCGUUUGUCUUGUUGCACAUUGAGGAACCAACCAGGUGUGUUAAAUAUUCACGGCAAGAAGUGUUCAAAUCUGUCGAUUUAAUGGCAGUGAUUUACUUGAACAUCUUGAAAUUCUGUUAAAACAGGAAGGGAGAAGGGUUCUGUGUGUUUGUCGCAUUUUAAAUUCUACUUGGCUGAAGGCUUUUUGUUUUUCCAGGAUUGCGUUUUGACCGAGGAGUUCCCAUUGUUCUCGUUCCCCACUGAAAAGUCCCAUUUGAAUCAGCGACUUCUAAAUGUUAAAAACUGGCGCGCGUUUUUUAAGCUCGCUUCGCUCGCAAAAAUUAAGCUUAGUUCCUGCCCACGAUCAAAAAUAUAUCUUUUUUCUGUUUUAUGAUUGAGAAAUCCUUUCACGUUUCGUUAAUGUCAUCAGGCGAGAGAAUGUGGUUCGGAGCCUUCUGUGUCGUUACUGUUGUGUGUCAGAGGAUCAUGCUUAUUCAGAGAAAGAACGUUUCAUGUUGAAUAAAUUGAAAAUCCCUGCGGAAUGGAUACACGAAGCUAAGGUAUGGUGAUUUGUUCUGGGAAAAGAGCCGUUUUGUUUCCUAUGACAAAAGUCUGUGUUAAACAGCCAAAGCUAUAAAGUGAUGUUUUAUACAUUGGAAGUAACAUUGAUUUUUGUUGUUGUGGUUGUUUUUUUUUGGUGUGUUUGUUUUCUGUAGGCCUUGCGAGCGCGCUAUGAAGGAAAAACUCGUGAGGAAGCUUUCCACCUAGUCAAGGCUCGCCACUGGAGUCUGGGGCAUAGCGUUAUUCUGCGCAGUCUCGUCAGUGACGCAAUUAUUAACGGUAAGACACAAAUAUAUGAAUAAUAUUCGAUAGAAAGUUUCGGGGAAAAGCGUUCGGACGUGAUACCAGAUGAAGUGUAGACGAUGUUAUCCAUGAAUUGUGGUGGUACCUGAAACUGGUCAUUUCAAAACAACAAGGGAUAUUUAGAUUAUUUCAUCUUCUUUUUUGCUGUUGUUUGUUUAGCGGAAUACGACUUUUUAAAAACCUUAUUGAAAGAACUGGAAGCACGAGAUCGCAGCUCGACCGUGAAGGAUUGGGCAACAGGAGGGCAGGUCAGUUAUUUAUCAAUACAAGAACCGAGCUUUUUAAUUCCCUUCUUUAGCGUUGAAGUGCUGAUUCCUUGCUCUUCAAGACUAUAGUGGAUGUCGCUUGCGUUGAUCCUUCACCCUCCUUUUUGAGGGGUGUGGGUGUGGGGGGGGCGGGCGGGCGGGAAGUGUUGAGGCGAUGAAGAAAAGUUUCUUGAUCAUGGCGGAGGAAUCUUCUAGGUUUGUUUCACUAAACAGGGCUUUUAAAGGCUUGUGUCUUGUUUUUAAAAGGCUUGUGUAUCGUCAUACACGAAGCUGUUUGCAGCAAAGUAACGAAUUGGUAAAUUUUAUCAUUAAUUCUUGAACAGCUUGUGCCGGCCACUUAGUCAGCGGAAAUGGGCCAAAAAGUUGGCGUACGAUUGACGACAGGAUUAAUCCAACUGUAACUGACAUUUGUCGCUCGAUUGCUGCUUGUCUUUACUGAAAGAGGGCCUAGAACAGGCUGAUUUGAAGAUAAUGUCUUUCACUGGCACUAGUGCUUUGAACUAUUGUGAGUCUUUCGCAUUUAAAUGGCAAAGAUUUGCACUGUAUGUGAAAUACGCACUUUCAGAAAACUUAUUGGCAGUAGAAUAAAGACGAAAGUGUAUAAUAUUGCCAAGAAUGGUUGCUAAUUGACCUCUGAAGACAUGUAUUUAGGCGGUUAAACACCUACACUUGAUUUUGUUGUUUAGGUGUUUCUGGAUUAUCUUUCUUUGAUGGAGAAGUUCCAAGACAUUUCAAAGGUAAAAACUGAUGUGCGCAGGUUAUUUUAGUAGUGUUUGGUUUUUUACAAACAAGUAAUUCUGCACAGGUGAAAAUAAGAACACGGAAAGUUUUCUUUAGAAUACCACUGAACUGGAAGAAUCCAGUAUUUUAAGCGAUUUGCUAUUAGAGCAAAUGUCAAAUAAAUAUUUGUUGUCAUCUUCAGGAGAACUUUGUGCCAACUAAGUAUGACUGGGAAGGCAUCUAUGCUGAAGUCACGUCUCUUUGUUCGAGGAUCAACAGUUUAACAUCGGACAUACCCAAAGACAUGUAAGUACAAUAUCAUUUAUUCAGAGUGAAAACCGCUGUGUAUAUGGUUUGUUCAAGAAACACAUGGCGUUGUAUAAGUCAACCUUUUGAUACGUAAUUAUUCUGGCCUGUGGUGUAUAGUCUUUGUUAACGGGGUUGUUGUUAGUGCCCAGGUGCCCAUUUCUCGAAAGUCCUGGUAAGUUAACGGAGUAACUUAACGGAGUCUCGGUAACUUAACAGAGCUUUUAGUAUGUCGCACUGUAUUUGGGGCUGAUAGUUCUUGUGAUGCCUUGUUUGCUAUUUCAGGUUGUGUCAAUACGACAUGGCUAAGAUGUGCGCUAAUUUCUUGAAGAUUAUCUUGAAGGAACUGGUGAGCAAACCCUUUGUUUGUCUGUCAACCCAUUUGUUUGCUGAGGUUAUGAAUAUUCUCCGCCCGUUGUGAAAAUUUUACUCUGUUCUCAGAAUGUUCAUCGUUUGGCGGCAUAACUUUUGCAUUCGUGGUCUUUGGAAUUCUUUUAAAAUGCCUUGUAAUCAUCGGCUGUUUGGGGAAGUAGAAAAGUGUGAAACGUUUUGAGAAGUACUCUUUCUUGCUGUUGUGUGACUGGAAACAAAGGUGGAGACACUAGGCUAUAGGGGAGUCAAAAAAGAAUACAGUUUUAGCAGCUUGCUUUUCCUUUUUAUUCUCACUCAGACGGACCUCACCGAUGAAGGAGAGGCCCUUUUGCCAACACAUAUACUAGUUCCUCACGUAACCAAACUCCCGAUGCCCGAGGACUGUACCGUAGAGGAAUUACGUCAACUGAUUCCGAGCUACAUCCAGGAGAUCGCCGCUGAGAAUUGAUACUGCAGGCAGUAACGUGUAUAAAAUGUUGGUUCAAUAUUUAAUGAUGAAUCAAAGUGCAACACGCCAUCAACCAAGACAAUACUGUUUUCGUGUGAAGGCAAAGACAGACUUAGGGCUUAACUUUAUGUAAAAGCGUAGCUUUAAAAGCAGCGCAGUUCCGUGUGACCUUUGUUUUCAGGAGCUGUUAAGAUGAAAACGGGAAACUGUAAAUGUUUUCUUCUAACCUUCUAAGCAAUCACUUAUCCUUUACGUGCAGUUUGUUAUAAGAAAUUUUUUAGGUCGGAGUCUUCUAUCGCAUGAACAUCUCAAAAGCAGUUUCUGGAUUAUUCGCGAAUCUUUUGGAGUCAUGUCCCUCUAGUUUCUCGCUCAGUGAUAGACCCUGAGUGAAAAUGGUCUGAACCUUUCCUCCUCAGUAGUCUUUCUCUCAGGGACAUUUGCUCCUAAAUCCGACCGACUGAUAAAAUUUCAGUCUUAGUCAUUGAGAUAUAUGUUUAAAUAUCGUCUGUUUUAUUGUAAUUAAUUUGAUAUAUCGCAUGUAAUUUCCUCUAUAUCUGUAACGAGAAUUCUGAAUAAAAUGGCUUGUUCUUUUUUCUUUU